AUGGACUCUUUUGACGACGCAAGACAACGACUACACGUCUUCUGGCGUCGAGCUCGCAAGCUUCCGAUAACAUUCCAACCAAAACUUCGCGGACAGUAUUCAUCAGAGCGUAUUCGCAAGCUCUUAGCCUACAGCCAAACCACGCCGUUGUCCUGGACAAUCAUCGUCAGUCUGAUCUCACCCUUCCCGUGUUUGGUGAUCCUCAUAUCAAUUGACGAUGUUCCAUUGGCUUCACCCAGAGAUGGCUCCAGUGCGAAAUAUCUGUUUUGGGUCCGAGACUUCGUCACAAUGGCUCUCAUGACGAGAGUGAUCCUCGAACAAUUCCAAGUCACCGUGCCAGCUCUCAACCUCACAUCGACUCAAGUUUGUUUGAUGCCGAUCAUCUCGAGUGGAGGGGCUGUGGUGUUCAUGAUAGAUAUCGAUGGCAAGCGUCAUUGGCUUCCCUUUACCCUUUGCUCUUGUAGUGGGGAUCAACGUCUGGUUCUUAGUGCUGGUCGCAUGCUUCGUGGACUUCUUCGGCAGAGUUUUAAAUCAAAACCGAGUGCUGUUAAAGUAGCUGAUAAGGGCCAUCAUCGUGCUCAUUUGCCAAGUGUUGCUGACCUUCGUAUACCCAGCGUACUUGUACGGAUUCAUCAGCGUCAGUGCCAAAAACCAAAAAGUUCUACGUCAUGCUGCUCCCAGUCAUCAAAAUUGCUGCGAGGAACUGAAUUAGCUACUGCUUCGGCAACAACUACGAAUUGA